AUGACGCUGGCUUUCGAGCAGGCAGGAUCAUUUUUCACCGGUUGGAUACGGUCUUGCUUAUCGUGCUUGUCCCCCGGCGACGAUGGCCAGACGAGUCGUCGCCAGACAGAGGAUCGAGGCGUUGAGAGGGAGAUGCAAGUAAACCACACUCAACCGCAUCUUGUGCCUCCGAUGAAAUUGGUGGUAUACGAUGAUCUCCCCAGUCCAAGUGUGCAUGAGAACCGGAACUCGCUAUCCUCAUGGAUUGUUGAAAGCCGGAACUUUGCCUCGCGGACAUCCUAUCGGGCGAGCAUGUCCUGGAAGAGGAACUCGAUGGCUCCGGCCAGUUCCAGCACCUCGGCGCUGAGGAUAAGUGCGCCUUCCGAUUUUCGAAGAGUGCAGUCAUUUCACCCUCCGCCAUCGCCGUGGCUGCCCACGUUCCAGCCCUUGGAGCUCAGCUUCCAUCGCUCAGGCAAUCGUCUACCCGAUCUACCCACCUUCGACUCCUUUCAGCUGGCCGAUGAGCGCUACCGCCAGACGCUACCGCCACCGCCCCGCACUCUAUCACCCACGGGAAUCCGACCUCGACUGUGCCAAUCGACAUUUGCUGUACCCCGCAAGCCGGUCGGGUCUGGGGACCAUCGGUUGAGUGUAGAUGUCGAGUCUCUGAUUGAGCCACCGGCCCCAGUCCGCAUCGCGAGUUCUCUGAUCCCGCAUUUCUCUGUCGUGAACCCUGUCGAGAUCCCUUCCCCCGACGACGUGGAGAUGAGACCAGUCCUGGGUCAUACGAGAUCGGAGUCGGAGCCACCCAGACUUACAGCCGACAUGGAAUGGAUGAUCCCAGCAAGAACGGCACCAACUCCCUGGGACAUGCCCCCACAGACUCCGCCUGCCAAGCAGGAUGACGAGCCAGAUUUCGCCGCGAUCACACCGUCCCGAGGCUGCCCAGACUCCAGAGAAUCCCCGUCGACGGCUAGCUCCCGCACGAUGCCCUCUCAAAUCUCCUCGCUGCGGCGGCCUUCGCUCCCACUCGCAGAAAACCGCAAAACCAUCGCAUCAUUCCCCUCUCUCUCCAACCGCGUCACGCAGUGGUUUUUCCCCACCGCCACCAAAGACCCUUUCUCCCCGAAGCAAGUGUCUCUGCCUGGUGAACAUGGCUUCAUGUGGGAUCGAACCCGCACACUCAGCGGCACCACCGUCGGCUCGACCGUGACGACCACUAUCAUCGGCGGCGCCAAAGCCAGAAACCACAACUCAUCCAUUUCGAGCACCUUCACUGGCGCUACCACCCCGCGCACCUCCUUGCGCGGGCCCUCUCCGACAUUGGAAAAGGAUUUCGACGCCGGCCUCUGCCACCCGACUAUCUACGAGGACCAGCAGCAGCAGUACCGGCAUUCUGCCGACUACGCCGGCGCUUAUCGCCGCUAUCGGGAGUCUACUUUCGGACUAGCUUUCUAG